AGGGUUAAAGAUCAAGCUGUGGUUGAACAAAGCUAAUUAUCAAGCUGCUAGUAUACACACAGCUGAUAGAAAACAUAUAUAUACUUCAAAGAUCAAUCGAGAUGGGGCGGCGGCGAUCGAACGACGACAGCUUAUCUUCCCUUCUUCAAGCAAUUGUUGUGAUAACCAAUUAUCUUGCUUUGCCUAUCAUCUCUAUUGUUUACCCUCUGUACUUAUCCACACGGGCAGUCUAUUACCACUCUAGAGAUGAUGUGGAGCGAUGGUUGACAUUCUGGCUUCUUCAUUUUUUCAUUGCAUACUUUGAGAUGCAAUGUCCGAAAUUCGUGGAAUUGAUUUGGGGGUGGGACCUGGCAAAGUUGCUUGUGAUGUGUUGGUUGGUUCUUCCUUUCUUCAAGGGGACAGAACGUAUUAACAAGAGACUUAUCCGACCAAUCUUCGAACGUUAUACAAAAGACUCGCAUUAUGCUCAAUCCAUAAUCCCUUUUCCGGCAGCGAUCAUCGAGCAUAAUGAUUGACCAUAAGCAUACCUAUUGGAUCAUUGUUGAAUAGAGCUGUCGUUUUUAUAAUGUAAAAUUUUGGUAACACUUGUCUUUUGAGUUGGAAGACAAUUAUUGUUUAC